UUCCUCCCAACCCACCAAUGGGGAGCACCUAUUAUAAAAAAUGAUGAGCCUCCCGCUGCAGCACUUCAUUCUCUCGCACCGGCAGUAGGCGGUAUAGCGAAAAGAGACGGGAAAGAAAAUGUGGAGUGAACCCAGUCUCCUCCGAGGCUGGCGGACGAGACCGAGGAGGAGGCAGCCCGUGUGAUGCUGCCUGCUGCUGCAACACCUCUGGAGGCGAUGCAGGAGACGCGGUGCAGCAGGCACUAAAAGGAGGAAGGCGGUGUAGCCUAUAGGAGGAGGAGGAGGAGGAGGAGGAGAACAGACAGACUACUAUAACACCGCCUGAUGGGGAACCGCUGACUGAGAGAGAGAGAGAGAGAGUGUGUGUGAGAGAGAGAGAGAAAGCAGAAACAACCCAUGGUGGAGGAGAAGAAGGAGGGGAGACAAGCACGGGGAUUAGGUGAUUGAACCCGUGAUCGUCCAGUUUUAACACCGCUGACGGAGACCUCUCAGCCUCCAGUCGCUGUUUGGAGGGGGGGGAAAAAGACCCCCCAAAAUAGACCUUGGUGGUGAUGGAUCUGCAUUCAGCCUUUACGGUGGUUGUGAGGCAGAUGUUUUGGAUGUGAAAGAGUUGCAGAUUGCAGCCUCAUUGAGCAGAGAUUGUCCCGCCGCUGAUUUAGCGAUUCCUGUAAUGGUCUGCCUCUGUAUGCAGCGGGGUGAAGAGUUUCUUUGUCUUUAAACAACAAAGUGGGCAGAAUCUCAGUCAUGGCGAGGCUUGUCCUUUCCCUCCUGCUCCUGUGUGGAUGCCAAAAUAGUUUCUGCCAGUCCUCAGAGGCUCAGAAGGAGGCGGCCGCCAACGACAACAGCACAGUUUUCACCAGGAUCCUGGACGGGCUCCUCGACGGUUACGACAACAGGCUCCGGCCGGGGCUUGGAGAGAACGUCACAGAGAUCAAGACAAAUAUUUUUGUCACCAGCUUUGGCCCGGUGUCCGACACGGAGAUGGAGUACACCAUAGACGUGUUCUUCCGUCAGAGCUGGAAGGACGAGCGUCUGUGCUUCAAAGGGCCCAUGGAGAUGCUGCCGCUAAACAACCUCCUGGCCAGCAACAUCUGGACCCCCGAUACCUUCUUCCUGAACGGCAAGAAGUCUAUCGCUCACAACAUGACGACGCCCAACAAGCUGCUGAGGCUGAAGGACGACGGCACUUUGCUUUACACCAUGAGACUGACCAUCUCAGCAGAAUGUCCCAUGCAGCUGGAGGAUUUCCCCAUGGACGCACACGCCUGCCCUCUCAAGUUUGGCAGCUAUGCCUAUCCGGUGUCAGAGGUGGUCUACACUUGGACUCAGGGAGCUGCCAAGUCUGUGGUGGUGGCAGAGGACGGCUCCAGACUCAACCAGUACCAUCUUAUUGGGCAAACCGCAGGCACAGAGGACAUUCACACAAGCAGAGGACAGUAUACAGUGAUGAUGGCCCACUUCUACCUGAAGAGGAAGAUUGGAUAUUUUGUCAUCCAGACGUAUAUGCCCUGUUUCAUGACUGUAAUCCUGUCCCAGGUGUCGUUUUGGCUAAACAGAGAAUCAGUUCCUGCGAGGACUGUCUUUGGGGUGACUACUGUGCUGACCAUGACCACCCUCAGCAUCAGCGCCAGGAACUCGCUCCCUAAAGUGGCCUACGCUACAGCCAUGGACUGGUUCAUUGCUGUCUGCUACGCUUUCGUCUUUUCUGCCCUCAUCGAGUUUGCCACGGUGAACUACUUCACCAAGAGGAGCUGGGCCUGGGACGGCAAGAAGGCUCUGGAAGCACAGCACCCUAAGAAACGGGACCCCAUGGUGCUGUCGAAGAAGCCCAACAACGUUUGCUCGGCGGGUGUCAACUACACCCCCAACCUCACCAAGGACGUGUCAAUCUCCACCAUCUCCAACACGACGUCGGUGCAGCUGCGGGCCUCUGAGACCAAGAUGGUGGACCCGAAGAAGACCUACAACAGCGUCAGCAAGAUCGACAAGAUGUCGCGGAUAGUGUUUCCCGUCCUCUUUGGAACCUUCAACCUCGUCUACUGGGCCACGUACCUUAACAGAGAACCGGUGGUGAAAGGAGUGGUCACCUCAACGUAAUCUUUCUCUUCUUUUCCUUUUUUUUUCCUGAGACAGAGAGUUUGUGUAAGGGAGGAAAUUUUAGCCUAAUUUGAGAGUGGGUGAACUAAAAAGGAAAGGGGUUGUUGUAAAGUCUCUGCCCUUGACAAAAAAAAAAAAAACCCCAACAAAUAUCUGCGCUUGAAGAACAAAAACUAACUAUACUCAACUAUCUAAUUCAAGCACUUUGAAUGGAUGCAAGGCUGCAACAGAAUCCCUUUCCUGUUUUUCAUGGCCUAAAAAACUGCUUGAUCACAAAGAAACUGCUUCUAAGACUAUGUCGACGAGAGAGCGAGCGCUCUGCUUCUUUCUCAUCUAUCCUGCUGCAGUUUGCAUGACGCUCUCCUCAAAAGGAAACCAUGGACCCGUUUUUGUCUUGAAUACCGACCAUGUGUAUGUCAAUCACUGCUUAAAGUACGGGAGCAUACUUCAUUGCUACAACUUGAGGAAGGGGUUUUAAAUGAAACGAACAGAAGGCAUUUUCAGCAAUUUUGCCCCAAAUUUAAACGCUUCAUAUUCUUAUGGAGGCUUGAAAUGCACCGAGCUUAUGUUAUGGAAGAAAAAAACUGCAAUAUAACAUGCAUUUGAAAAAAAAAAGGAUUUAAAAAAUGUACCGAAUUCCACGCCGUGUGGAAGAAACAUCUCCUUAAGAUUAAUGCUGCAGGUGCAUAAAUAAUUUAGUUUUAUGUCUCUUUUUUUAAAAAAAAAACGUUGCCAUUUUUUUCUCCUAUUGCAGCGGGUGCUUGUGUGUCUUUUUGUACAUCUUUACUUGAAGAUUCAAAGCCUUCUGCUGCAGGCUUGGUUUCCCAAAAGCAAAGUUUCAAUGGAAAAUGAAAAAAAAAAAGCUACCUGAAGGUGAAAAAAAAAAAAACAUAGCAAGGGAUUUUUUUUAGAUGAAAAGACGCUUCUUCAUUCAUAAAAAAUUAAAAAGUUGACAUUUAGGGCGGCUUGCCAACAAGAAUAUUUGUAAAACCUCUUUGGCCCACUUACCCUGGGUGACUGGACAGCUGUUGGUGUGUUCAGGACAAAUUUAGGAUUGGAUGUAUGCGCUUUAACUGAAUUUUGAGCGUUGGUCACUCAACUAGGAAACUAAUAUUCACAGUUGAGAGACCAGUGCUCGAAACGCAGAGUGUGUCACAUACAAAUCAGCAGAGUGAUGCAGGGAGUGUGGAGACUGUCAUUCAGCAAGAUGACCAGCGUGCAAAACCCAUAGUCAGGCAAGCGUCAGCACUAGCAGCUCCUGGGGCCGGUUUCACAAAGAUAGAUUGACUGUGGCGUAAAUCGAACUAAUAGUCACACUUAGACGUCAAUGGACGUCUAAAUUCAUCAAGUCUUUUUUAACCUUAAGGCGGACUAAUUUAGUAUGAAUUCUGGGUAAAUUAAGAGUCUUUUCAAACUAAGAAAAAACAACUGACCGAGCAAUCUUCAGUCAGGUUCAGGAUAGUUUCCAAAUUAAGAUGAUGAUGAUGAUGAUGAUGAUGAUGAUGGCUUCGCUGCUAUGUAUUUUUAACAGGUUUCUACACUCUCUAAAAACACUCUCGCUUGUUAUUUUUCACACCAAAGUAUUGUUGUAGGAACGUGGCUUUUAGUUCAGAGUUAGUCUGGCAGGCUUCCUAUGUGUCCUGAAAAACCUGGAUAUACCAAUAUCAAGGAAACAAUCUAUGUUGCCCUAUUUCAGCCCUUCACUCAGAUCGCAUUAACCCAGGUCAGAAAAAAACUGUAGUCAAAUCACUACUUUUCUUAAAAAGAGGGGGAACCCUGCCUGCGGUUAGGGUGGCUUACUUUAAAAUAAAUCAGUUGCAUUCGACUAAUCUAAGAGCAAAUUAAGACCUAACAGCAGUCUGAAAUAUCUGUGGGAAACAGUCCCCAGGUCUGCUGCUCCUGACCUCUGACCUCCGUAUUUGGGGGGGAAAAAGAAAAGAGAAUCAAAAAGAAGCAAUCAAUGAAGUCUCGUCAUUGCAUUCAUUUUCUGCUUUCUAGUACAACGGCAUCAGAUUAAUACGUCGGCAAAAAUAGACAAAAAUUCCAGAAGAAAGGCUUGAACACACAUGGCACAGCAAAAUGAAUCCACGUCUCUUCUAAAUACGUGUUUCUAGAAGUGGAUGACUUAUGAGGCUAGCUGGCGAACUACUGUACCUGGAAAGCUAACUGCUCACAUGCUAACCAGUUACAAUCGCUGAACUUCUUCUGUUUACUCUGUGCUGUGCCGUUUACGUCCCAACGUGGGUUCUCGCGAGUGAUAGGUGACAUUCAUUGAAGCCUAAGCUUGUUAGCGAAGUUGCUAACAGGCAAAAAGAUCCAAAGCAAAUUCACUUUUAUUGGAAUUGGAUUGCAGAAUGUUUCCACUUCAAAUGAUGGUGCAAUCAAGCAUUUAGGCUACAAAGAUUUUGGGAAAUUAGGCGAGUCUCAUAAGGGAAUCAUGUAAAUAAACCUUUAAUUUAAACUCUUGGCUUUGACACUAUAAAGGCUACGUUGAGAUUCUCACAUGGGAGUUUUUACGCCCUCAGAAGAAAAAAGUCUUAACGUUGACUUUCACCUUAUUAACAGUAUGUUUUCGUCUGAUAGCUUUUUCUUAAUGUUUGUGUGAACAUGUGAAAUUCCUUUCUUCUUGUCGCUUGUAGAAGAGCUGAUCAAACUUAGCUUCUGAUCUUUGAGAUCUGAUUUUUUUUAUUUUUUAUUAACUUCUUUCCACAUUGACUUCAUUAAAGUGGAAGCAAUGAGCACACGUUGUGGCAUUUUGGCUGGAGCCCACCACAUCACAGCAUGUGUGACCGGUUGGACUAUGGUGAGACAUACUCAGGAACAAAAGGACCCAUUGCUCCCAGCAGAAGCGUUGCCUCAGAGUCACUGUCGCUCUAAUCUCAUUGGUUUUAACAGUGUGUUUCACUCUGUCACCUGCUGCUGGGAGCAUUGUCCCCGCUAACUUUUUGGCGCUGAAUAAAACCGUAUAAAUAAAGUUGACAUCAGCUGCUACUGUACCUGCUUUGCUUUGUGAAAUUGGGACCUACAGUAAAUGUCACAAUAUCAGCCUAGAAUUCUUUCCAGCGCUUUGAAUUUUUGUGCCAUAAUAUCUUGUGUUUUUGUGCUGGUUUUGGUUGAUGUUAAAUCUACAUUUGAUGUAAAUCUAAAGGUGUCGCAAUCCGUCAAAAGGCUGUCAGUCGGCAAAACCUAACACUAGUGUUUCAGCGCUCGUUAAAGCGCAGCGGGCGUGUAAAAGGAAAGUCCAAAGAAAUGCAACUGAAAGGCGAUCGAUACAUCUGUCUGUCUAGGGGUCGCCAUGGCUGCAAGUCCAGAUGAACAGACCCAGACAUCCCUUUCCCCGGUAACAACCUCCAACCUCCUCCUUUAUCUUGUUUCCGACUCUGCUGCUUAUACACAUUCCCUUAAAAAAAAAAAAAAAAAACACGCUUGAGUGCACAUUUUCCUUUUGUUUCUGAUUAUGGGUGCAGAGUUUGAGUCCUUCACGAAGUUUGGGAUCAUUUGUUUGUUCUGUCAGAGCUGAACUGUUCCAACGCUGCUUUGUUUGAGCUGGCCGAGCCUUAUUUUGAGUUGCGUUGCCAAAGGAAAUGAAACUGUAAUAAGCAUUUUGGCCCCUAAUCAUGAAGCGUAUUCGCCUCCAUUAUUUUCUCAAUGGAUGGUAAUGUCGGUGUGCCGGUACACCAAUUUGUUCCAGACUGAAAUGUCUCAACAACCAUUGGAUGGAUUGGCCAUGAAAAAAAACAUUCAUAUCCCCCUUCUGGAUGAAUUCUAAUCACGCUGGCAAUCUCCUGAUUUCCCUCUAGCGUCAUCCUCAGUUAAAAAAAUAUGUGUCCAAAGUUUUGGUUUGUGAGCAAUGCGUUACUUUUUGUGCUCAUUUAGCGCUAAUAAUCCAAUGCCAGCAUGCUAACACGCUAAAGAUGGCAAAAUGCGGUAAACGUUAUACCGGCUUAGCAUCAGCACGUUGGCAUUAUCAUUGUUAGCAUUUAGCUCAAGUGCAGCCACGCGAAGACACUAGCAUGGCUGUAGACCAAAAGACGUCCGGCCCCCUGACAAAGGUUUUUAUAGUUCACACCAAAACUUUAACAUUAUGAAUCUGCUGUAAAUAACAAUGUAAAUAAACAACCUAAUAACUUCUAAUCAUUAUUAUUUCCCCCAUAUGAGAAGAGGCCGAGUGUACUGUGUACUUUCAACGGAGCAAUGGAACUCCCGAACUAGUUUUAGAAGUCAGUUUUAAUCUUAAAUGGAUCAAAAGAAGCAAACAAACAGGUCUGCUAGAAAACAAAUGAACAGUGAAAGAAACUGGCCCAUUGUUGAACCUAAUUGCUGACCCCCGCUGUAGAGUCUUAGUCUUGUUAUAAAGUUUCAGUUAGAAUCCUUACAAUUAUGUACAAAAACACUGCGGGUCAGAGGCUCUCCAUUGUACUAACGCUUGCUAGACACGCAUACAUCUUCCUCGCCCUCUAAGGAAUGAGUGCCCCUAUCCAGCCAUCCAUUUAACCAUCCCUCUCUUCUCUGUCGCCCCUCCCUCCUUCCUUCAGCCACUGUGACAGACUCAUCUGCCAUACAUCUGUCAGAAAAGGGAUUUAGUUCCGCUUAAGUUCCUUCCCCCCCGUUUCAGGGGGCCCCCUCACAGCAAAGCGCUCCGCUCCAAUUUAAGCCCUGACUGGCCCAGCCGAUGACAAGUGCUUGUUUUUCUCUCUGUGGUGUCUGGACAGCUGUGGCUGGUGCGUGUUAGGGACAAAUUUAGGAUUGAUUAUAUGUGCUUUAUCCAAAGCUAGCUCAUGGGCGGCGAGGCAGACUCAAGUUUUGAACUUGGGUCUCUCAACAGGGGAAUGUAAUGCACAUGCAGCCGUCGGCUCAAAGAGACUCACGCAGGGCUACGACAGCAACAGUUGUCUAUCCCGGGGAGCGCUAUAGGCAGCCAUCACACACACGUGCAUGAACUCUCUCUUGUUUUUGAGCCUCAAUAAAGAACUUUGAUUAUUUGUUUUUUGGGAGAAAACAUUUUUUUUUGUUUAAAUUUUGCAAAAAUGCAGCAAAGCCAUUGUAGCUAUAGCUGGGCUUAACGAAGCAUUUGUGUUAAUCAUUCUUUGUUUCAUGUACUGUAUUUGUUUUAAUGUAUUAUACUUAAAAGGAUCAAAUAAAAAAGAUGAACAAAGA